AGAGUGUAAGAAGAAGUCAGUUUCUGCACAAGUAAAUGUCCAAACAUUCAUUGAUAAUGUCACACUAUCUUAAAAGAAAUUUAAACUCAGUACGCUAGACUGGCCCAUUACUCAGUACGCUAGACUAGUCGCUGUCCGAUGGCGUGGUGCUGAAAAUGCAGCAUUAUUGCAUGGACGCAGGUUUGUGACGUAAGCACAAAUUAUCAAGUGUUCUGUUAGGUAUACGUAGUGGUCACACCGCGUCGCUGUUCGUCAGUAAAUGCCACAUAACACUUUUCCUUUCAAAGGGAAUUGCACACAGAAAUAUCUGACUCUGUUGUGAGACCAGCUCUCCUGGUUUUCAUUGCAAGCAACCCGGCGUCUUCUUUAACGCAUUUGUGUGACAAAAAGAUCAGUGGAAACUCACACAGCUGUUUUUUCACCAAGGGGUUAAAUUCAUGCUUCAUCAUGGAACUGGAAAGGAUGUAUGUACCGUUCUUCUUUGUAUUUUGCACGACGUGGAGGAUGGCUUUGUCUGUGAAUCGCUACUCUAUACCCGAGGAAAUGGAAAGGGGAUCCGUGGUCGCCAAUCUGGCAGCUGAUUUAGGACUGGAUUUGAGCGGUCUGGCACAACGUGAGGUAACGCUUGACUUUCUACACAGUAAGAAAUACUUAGAGGUAAAUAAAAGAACAGGAGAACUUUAUAUCAACGAAAAGAUAGACCGAGAAAACCUUUGUCAGAUGAAAACAACAUGCUAUAUAAAGUUGGACGUAAUUAUUAAAAGCCCACUGCGCAUAUUCAAUAUAGAAUUAGAAAUUACAGAUAUUAAUGACAACGCGCCUCAUUUUAGAAUGGACAGAGUGGAGCUAGACGUUUCAGAAUCAGCAACACCAGGGGAGAGAUUCUCCUUACCAAACGCAAUAGACCCGGAUGUUGGCUCAAAUACUGUUAAAACAUACCGACUCAGUGAGAGCGAACAUUUCACUAUUGAUAUCCACGCUGGCAGUGAUGGUACCAAGUAUGUUGAUCUAGUUCUUAAAAAUGAAUUAGACCGCGAACAUCAGGCUGUCCAUAGCUUAAUUCUUACUGCUGUUGAUGGCGGAGUCCCGGCUCGAUCGGGCAAUGCCAAUAUCAUUGUUCAUGUUCUGGAUACGAAUGACAACGCCCCUCAGUUUGAUCGGCAAGCUUAUACCGUAAAUAUGAGCGAGAAUUCUCCACUAGGAACUCUGGUUACUAAACUGAACGCAACUGACGUAGAUGAGGGCGCAAACGCAGAGGCGACCUACUACUUUACGCUUUACACCUCUGAGAAAACUCAGGAGAUGUUCGCUCUUAAUCCGGGUACAGGGGAAAUAACUGUGAAAGGCACAAUCGAUUUCGAGGAUAUGAAAAUGUACGACAUGCACAUUGAGGCCAAAGACAAUGGCCCUGCCCCUCUUACUGGACAGUGCAGAGUGACAGUACAUGUAACCGACAUGAACGACAACUAUCCAGAAAUAACCGUAAAAUCUCUGAAGGACACGUUAAAAGAAGACGUUCCCGUUGGUACAGUUAUAGCAUUAGUGGGUAUAAGUGACCGAGACACUGGCGACAAUGGUAAAGUUAAUCUUACGAUAAACAAACAAAUGCCCUUUCUUUUAAACAAGACAUCCGAGUCGCAUUAUGAACUGAUAGUCUCACAACCAUUAGACCGUGAAAAGAUAGCAGAAUAUGAAAUAACCCUCGUGGUGACUGAUAGCGGGACACCACCUCUGACUGAUAACGAAACCAUAACUGUCCACUUACUGGACAUCAAUGACAAUGCGCCUCAGUUUCCACAGUCCUUCUAUACUAUACCUGUUAUGGAAAAUAACGCACCCGGAGCCCUGUUAAGCUCACUGACAGCUUUGGAUCCUGAUCUACAUGAAAACCAAUAUCUUGUUUAUUUUAUCAUUGAAAAGGAAAUCGUAAAUAUAUCAAUGUCAAUGUUAUUCUCCAUCAAUCCUGAGAACGGCAACCUUUACGCACUAAAGACGUUUGACUAUGAAAUAGAAAAGGAGUUUCUUUUUCACAUUGAGGCCAGAGAUUCCGGAGUUCCUCCACUGUGCAGUAACGUGACAGUUCAUAUCAUUAUAAUGGACCAAAACGACAACACUCCCAUCAUUGUCUCCCCUUGGCGUGCGCACGGCUCUGUGGUGGAGGAAAAAAUUCCGAGAUCCACGGAUAAAGGAUCUCUAGUGGCCAAAGUUAUUGCCAUAGACACAGACUCUGUUCACAAUUCUCGGAUAGCAUAUCAGUUCCUAGUGAACACUGAUGCCACCUUAUUUAGUUUGGACCAAUAUAACGGAGAGAUUCGGACUAUGAGAAUGUUCAGCUACAGAGAUGCGCGUCAUCAGACUUUAGUAGUCAUCGCAAAGGAUAAUGGAGAUCCCGCUCUGUCUGCCACAGUCACAAUCAAAUUAUCCACGGUGGAGACUGCUUUGAAAUCGCACUCUGACACGACUGAAGUUCCACUGGAAUAUGACAUAUUUUCGGACCUAAACCUUUACCUCGUUAUCGGACUGGGUUCUGUGUCUUUUCUGUUACUGAUCACCAUUUUGGUCACCAUCGUCCUGAAGUGCCAGAAACCGAAUCCCAGUAAAGCAGCGCCUCCUUCUAGGAACAGUGUGAUCAGUUCAGAGAGGAACUCUACCUUCGCGGAUUCUACACUGGUCUCAAACGAUGCCUACUGGUACAGUAUGUUUUUGGCGGAGACACGGAAAGGGAAGCUGGUAGUAAGACAGCCGGCGCCAAAGGGGGCGAGGUACGUCGUGUCCAGCUUACCAAGAGGCACUGGGCUCACCGAUACAAGCGAUUCGGCUGCUUCUACUCUUCAGGUAAGAGAAAGUCUAGACAUUGCAUAUUAACCUGACACAAUUACCUCUUUACAGAAAGACCAAAUGUAUGGCCUUUUGGUGAACAAAGCUCUUACUGCCUCGGCGAGUUAAGUGUUGGUGGAUGUUU